AUGACUACUUCAUCGCUGCUUAACAACUUUGACCCCUUCGCCACACAUCCCUUCACCAAUACCUCCGGCAUAAUGCCUGAGCCACCUCGGCCCUCGCAGCACACAUCAUCAUAUCCUGCGACAGCAUAUCAGCCAUCGCAGCCGUCGAGAAAUCCCUCGCAGCAGCAGGGCACGCCCAGGUCUCCUAACGGCCAGGCAGCACAGCCCAUCUUCGUGCCUUUUCGACAGGACACGUCGUCACCAGACCUGUCCCAAAUCCUAAAAAAGAAGUCCUCAUAA